AUGAUCGUCGUCGUUUCUGGGAUGAAUGCGCUAGUCCGCCGCUCUUGCGUUCGUGUCACCGUGCGUAAUACAAAUAAAAAAGCAGGAAACAAGUCAAAGCCUGUGUCCCCUCCAUCCGCUUCUACUCGUGCUCCUUCCCCAGCCCCUGCUCCUCCUCCUACACACACUUCUCCACCCAAUGCAGAGCCCACGCCAAGCAUAGCAUCCUUCCACGAGUCCCUAAACGCAAGCGAACGACCACACAUCCCACUACCCACUCCAAACCCACCGCUCUCAUCCUACGCGCUCGCCCCCGAAAAGCUGCGUGCGCUCAUCGACCUGUACCACUCUUCGACAGGGUACAUCACGCCCGAAACACUCUCGUCGGCCAUCGACAAGACGUUCGCCCCCGCUCGGCGCACUUUUAACUCGGGCGGGCUGCUCAAGUCGUACAGGGACCUUGUCGCGGAGCGGGACGAGCUGGAUGCGGAGCCCGAUCGUGUUGUUCCGAGCGCGAACGAGUUGAGUGGGCGUGGGCACGGUACGGUCGAUGGUAUCGCUGGCCCAUUGGCCGGUGGGUGGAGUGAGAGCAAGGCCGAGAGGGCGAGGAUGGUCAAGGCUGCACUCUGGGGUGUUGAUCCGAUGGCCAAGAUUGGGCUCGAGACGCUUUUGGAGGCCAAGGUUGAGUUGGAGGCCCAGGACAAGGAGCGAAAGGAGUGA